CACGAAGCAGGCGAGAGUGAUGCGUGAGCUGCUGUAGCGACGUACGUCGUCACGGAAGUCGUGGUCUUGAAGGGGCUCGCCGACCUGAUCGAUUCCUUUCCUUUUAAUCCGAGGUCUCCUCCUCCGCCGCUGCAAGGAAAGCUCGGCCGUCGUAAGCCAGCGAAUUGAAAGAGAGGGAGAUCUCAAAAGGAGGAGGGGAUAGAGAGGGGAAGAUGAGGGAGAUCAUAAGCAUCCACAUCGGGCAGGCCGGCAUCCAGGUGGGCAACGCCUGCUGGGAGCUCUACUGCCUCGAGCACGGCAUCCAGCCCGAUGGCAUCAUGCCUAGUGAUACUUCGGUAGGAGUUGCACAAGAUGCUUUCAAUACCUUCUUCAGUGAGACCAGUGCCGGCAAGCAUGUCCCAAGAGCUAUCUUUGUGGAUCUGGAGCCCACCGUCAUUGAUGAAGUGAGAACUGGGACUUAUCGCCAGCUCUUCCACCCAGAGCAGCUCAUCUCUGGGAAGGAGGAUGCCGCGAAUAACUUUGCUCGGGGACACUAUACAGUCGGGAAGGAAAUUGUUGAUCUCUGCCUUGAUCGGGUUAGGAAACUGGCAGACAACUGCACUGGCUUGCAAGGGUUUUUGGUUUUCAGUGCUGUUGGUGGUGGAACUGGAUCUGGUUUGGGUUCCUUGCUGCUAGAACGGUUGUCUGUGGAUUAUGGAAAGAAGUCAAAGCUAGGGUUCACCAUAUAUCCUUCACCUCAGGUCUCUACAGCAGUUGUGGAGCCAUAUAACAGUGUGCUUUCCACCCAUUCGUUGUUGGAACACACAGAUGUUGCAGUUCUUUUAGACAAUGAAGCCAUUUAUGAUAUCUGCAGGAGAUCUUUAGAUAUUGAAAGGCCAACCUAUACCAACUUGAACCGGUUGAUAUCUCAAAUCAUAUCCUCUUUAACCACUUCUCUGAGAUUUGAUGGAGCUAUCAACGUAGAUGUUACUGAGUUCCAGACCAAUCUAGUACCUUAUCCUAGAAUUCAUUUUAUGCUCUCCUCUUAUGCACCUGUUAUUUCUGCUGAGAAAGCAUACCAUGAGCAGCUCUCUGUACCUGAAAUUACAAAUGCCGUUUUUGAGCCAUCAAGCAUGAUGGCAAAAUGUGACCCGAGGCAUGGGAAAUAUAUGGCUUGUUGUUUGAUGUACCGUGGGGAUGUUGUUCCCAAGGAUGUGAAUGCUGCUGUUGCAACCAUCAAAACAAAGAGAACUGUGCAAUUUGUUGACUGGUGCCCUACUGGUUUCAAGUGCGGAAUCAACUAUCAGCCACCUACAGUGGUCCCUGGUGGUGAUUUGGCCAAGGUGCAGCGUGCUGUAUGCAUGAUCAGCAACAAUACUGCUGUUGCUGAGGUGUUCUCACGAAUCGACCAUAAAUUCGAUCUGAUGUAUGCAAAGCGUGCAUUCGUCCAUUGGUAUGUUGGUGAGGGGAUGGAAGAAGGUGAGUUCUCAGAGGCUCGGGAGGACUUGGCUGCUCUUGAAAAGGACUACGAGGAGGUCGGAGCAGAGGGUGCAGAUGAUGAAGAUGAACCAGAAGACUAUUAGAUGUUUUUUGUUGCUUCCUAGUGAUUGCUUGUGUCCUGUUAUUGUGCAUUCUUAUGUAUCUCCUUGUUUGUAUUAGUCCUAAGGUGGCAUGCAUUUGUAUUCUGUAUUGCACUUGUUAUUGAUUUUAAAUCAUGGUUGCUAAUACUACAACUUUAUCAGUUUGGAAAA